CUCUCUCUCUCUCUCUCUCUCUCUCUCUCUCCUGUCUCUCUCCCUCCUGUCUCUCUCCCUCUCCUUCUCUCCCCCCCCCCCCCCCCUCUCUCUCCAUUUUAUUGCAUGCGUAGCUUGGGAGUUGUCUCAGGGGGUUCAUCCUUCACUAUAUAAAUUUCUCUGACAAUUUAAACACUAGUUCAACUAUCAGGUUGAAGUUCAUUGACUACCAGUGCUCUAAUAUCUGACUGACACUUCUUCGAACUUUGAACAUUAACUUACCUCAUUAUCUCCUUACAAUGUCGAGCCGAAGGUCCCGUUCAAGACAAUCAACCGGAACUUCCAGGAUAACUGAUGAUCAGAUUGCUGAUCUGGUCUCCAAGCUGCAGCAACUCAUUCCCGAAAUUCAAAGCAGACGUUCCGACAAGGUUUCAGCUUCAAAAGUACUCCAGGAGACUUGCAACUACAUUCGAAACUUGCACAGAGAAGUGGAUGACUUAAGCGACCGAUUGUCUGAGCUUCUGGAGUCCACAGACACCGAUAGUGCUCAAGCUGCGAUUAUAAGAAGCCUACUCAUGUGAUCGACUCGAUUAUGUAUAAGGAUUCAACUGCUUAGCCUCCAUAAUAAAAUCAUGAGUUUCCUGAUAUUUAGCAUUCCCUAUAUACUUUAUUUCAAAGAUUUGAUAGAUUGAAUUCUAUAUGCAUCGAACUGUUAUAUUACAUUAUAAGACGAUUUGGUGGCCAGCUUGAGCUAGGGCAUUCUUGUGUAGUAUAUAUAAUGCAUUAAUGAAUUACGGAGUUGCCAACUUUGAUUGGUGUGGAAUUCCUUGACGAGCUUUUGUCCCAUGCAUAUUAUUAUGUAUAUCUUCCCUAUAUCCCGGUUAUAUGUAAGUU